UUGCCGGCAUCGUAUUCCCUGCGCCCUGCGCCGGGCGCCGCUAUAAGUAGCAGCGGGAGCGGUGUGGAAUUCUCUCAACUGAAACCCACUCCCUUUCUCUCCCCCAGCACCUGCUCCCCCGCCUCUCUGUCCCACCGCUCUUCGUCGACCGACCUUUGCAUGGCCGCAGUGGCUGGGUCCAAGGGCCGGAUCGCUGGGAACCUCGUCGCGCGCGUCCUCGCCGGCGGCAAGCCCGCCUCCGCCUCCCCGAGGAGGGCGGUGCACGCCUCGGCCUACGACAAGAACCUGGACGACCAGGUGCGCCCGGCCUUCGUGCCGGACGAUGUGAUCGGCGGGCCCAACACCCCGGACAAGUACUGGGGCCCGCACCCGACCACCGGCGUCUUCGGCCCGGCCGCGCUGGACGGCAAGUUCGUCCCCGGCGCGCCGCCGACCGCCACCGCCAGUGCCACCGGCUCCGUGCUGGACCAGAAGGUGUGGUACCGCCCGCUCGAGGACAUCGAGAAGCCGCCCCCAACCGCCUGAUCGCGCCACCAAGAACUCGAGCCUAGCUCUGCGACUCUAUCACUCUUCUAAGCUGGGCUCCUAAUUAUCUCUAGUGUGCUUGUGCUAUAGUACAGACAUGGCGCUCACCUGGACCUGUAGUAGUAAUGCGGUGUUGCUGCCUGGAAUAAGGUCGACCAGAAGAUGUGUGAUGACAAUGCUAUUGUUGGCUGUGAUGGUGUACUCCCAUCUUAAACCAGUAUAUUUCAGGUGUUUGGUAA